GCAAGACUAUUCUAUCUCUUCUUCUUCCUCUCAAUCCUUUUGCUGAUCCAGCCUGGAGUUGAAGCUGAUGAUGAUGAUGAUGAGUGCAAACCAGAAAAAUGUGGACAUAUUGUUAUCCGCUUUCCUUUCAGACUUAUUGAAAGACAUCCGGAUCAUUGUGGUUAUCCCGGAUUUGAUCUCUCUUGCUCUCCCAACAAACAAAUCAUCCUCAAUCUUCCCCUUACUACUUCUUCUUCUUCAAAUGAGGUGGUCAUUACCAACAUAGACUAUGGAUCUCAAUCGUUUUCUGUAUCUGAUCCAGACAGUUGCCUUGUGAAGAAAUUUCUAAACAUAAACUUCUCUGCCUCUUCCUUCAAACCACUUGUCACAUACUACAAUAAUAUUUACUACUUCAUCUGUCCUAAUGAUUCUUCUUACAAGGGAAUAAACUCAUCAGAACUAUGCCCAUCUUAUGAAUUACCUUGCCCCGUGUAUUGCGCUAGUGAUAGUGAUUCAACUCAGCAAGUGUAUGCUGUUUCCAUUUACACCGAAUUGUACAACCUGCCACCGUGGCCAUGCAAAUCCAUCACAAAAAUCUCUGACUUAAAAGAUUUUUCAUUGAAUUGGUCGGAGCCCAUGUGUGGCCAUUGCGAAUCACUUCACAAACUCUGCAGAUUAAGGAAUAUCAACAAUACUCAACACAACGUCAAUGAAACAGAGUGUUAUGGAGAGCUGAAGCAACCAAGAGAUGUUACCAAGAAACUUAUAAUUAUAGGUUGUAGUUUAACUAGUCUUGUACUUCUCGUUGGAGUAACUUUUACAUACUCCAUCCUAACUUCGGAUGAUAACAAGAAGCAAGCUCAACUAAGGAUUGACACAUUCUUGAAAGAUUAUAAAGCUCUUAAACCCUCGAGAUAUUCUUACUCAGAUAUUAAGAAGAUAACCAACAAUUUUACUACCAUGAUCGGCAAGGGUGGCUAUGGCAUAGUUUACAAGGGAAAGCUCUCAAAUGAAGUUCAUGUAGCUGUUAAAGUUCUCAAUGAUGUCAAGGGAAAUGGGGAGGAGUUCAUCAAUGAGGUGGGAACCAUGGGAAAAAUCCACCACGUCAACGUAGUACGAUUGGCUGGCUAUUGUGCCGAUGGAUCCAACAGGGCCCUAAUCACCGAGUUCAUGAUGAAUUAUUCACUGGAGAAGUUUAUAUCUUCGGAGGGGAAGAAGAAAUCUCUUGGGUGGAAGAAGCUAGAAGAAAUUGCUUUGGGAAUAGCCAAAGGAAUCGAGUAUCUUCACCAAGGGUGUGAUCACCGAAUCCUACACUUUGAUAUUAAGCCACACAAUGUUUUGUUGGACAGUAACUUUGUCCCAAAAAUCUCUGAUUUUGGUUUGGCCAAGCUUUGCUCCAAGGAACAGAGUGCUAUUUCCAUGACUAUUGCCAGGGGUACCGUCGGCUACAUUGCACCCGAAGUUUUCUCCAGGAAUUUUGGAAAUGUGUCGUAUAAAUCUGAUAUCUACAGUUUUGGAAUGCUCUUACUGGAGAUAGUAGGAGGAAGGACAAAACCUACCGAUGAAGAUACGAGUGAUGUUUACUUUCCCGAGUGGAUAUACAACCGAUUGAAUCGAGGAAAAGAGUUAGCCAUUGAGAUUGAACAUGAAGCAGAUGAAAACUCCAAAUGGAUCAUAAACAAACUGACUAUUGUGGGACUUUGGUGUAUUCAGUGGUUCCCAAGCAAUCGACCUUCCAUGAAAGCAGUUGUUCAAAUGCUAGAAGGCGAUGGAAAUGCUUUAACACUCCCUCCAAAUCCAUUUGUCUCUACCGAUUCAACCCCUAAUAAGGGAAUCAUUCGCAGGGAAACUUUUACUAGCAGUUUAGAAGUUAUAUCUGAAUCUGAAUCUGAAUGAACUAUUCUAGCUUCAAAUUAUUGCUUGCUGCAAUUUGUUGAACUUGUAUUGAAGAUCGAUUCAAUUUCAACUUACCCAUCUCAUAAUUAACAGCUUAAUAUCUUGUGAAGUAAUUCAUUCAUACAAUCUUGACAUUUAGGGUUGAUUAUAUUUCCUUUUCAAUUUGAUGUUAUUUG